AUGAGCUUGCACGACCGCCGAAUGGACAUCAACGCGCUCUGCAGCGCCGACGCCGAGAUCGAGAGUCGCGUCGUCGCUGCGGGUCCGUCCCUGCCGCCGCUUGCCCCCGUUCGUCACGCCAGCAGCGGCAUCGGUACCGAGCCUCCUACAACUUUUAAUAUUAGUGCCAAUGUCGGUGUGACUGGCAAAUUAUCGUCUAAGAAGCGCUCGCGUCGUCUAUCCAAUAGCGAGCGGGGCAAACUCUAUCGCUCACGCUGGAAGAAUUACGUGCAGACGCUGGAGGAGCAAGUGGAGGAGCUCAAGAAGGAGGUGGACCAACUUAGUCUUCACGGGCGCUCACUACAGCAACAAACUGCAACCAAAUGGCCUCUCACGCGACAGCCCAUUGGCGGGUCGUUCGCCACCGUUGUGAACGAGUACUUUUCACUCUUCAAAUACGGUGUACCAGUGGCCGAACAGGACUUGAUGAACGUGCCACAGGACCAAUUGGUGCUCUCGUCCCGACAGAUUGGUUUCCUGAACGGGCUCAUGCACCCGAAUGUUGUCUUUGGCAGCUCCUACGGGGUACGGGAGCUGCUGGAUCAGUGGCAAAAGUACUCGUUAUAUCAUGCGGGGCUCAAGUACGAAGUCAAGAACCUGCAAAUCAUGGCAGCAGAGCCGAACCCGGUGGUGCUCGCGCCCGCCACGCUUCACCGCCUCAUUGGCAAGCAGCUCGAAUACCCAGUGGGGAACACGUUCUACUUUGGCGAUGACAACAAGAUCCAUCGGUACGACACGUACGUCGACUUUGUAGCUGCCUUCGUUAGGCGUGUUUGGGUAGCGUUCGAGGACCACGAUGGCUAUGAUGGAGAGCGCGCUCAUCCGACAGGAGUCCAUGAUCGAUUCGAGUUCAGACGACGACGUGCCCUUUGGAAGAAGGAUCUCACUGCCAAGAUGCCAAGGAAAAGCAAGAGAAGCAGUGUCCUGGUCGCAGUCGAGACUUUGCUUCAACGUGCAUUAGAAGCUCACCUGGACAGUGAUGGAGACUCCAGCGAUGACGAGGAGAGCGGACUAACCAAGUCAGAUCACUUCCGAGGCUCCGCCGAGUUUGGUUCGGCUGAGCUCGUUCACAACCCUGUGCCCUCCACCAAAGGAUGGACGACGGCGCGCGAGCGCUUUUACAGGUCACCGAGCGCAGAGGCUGCUCAGCUAGAAGUGUUACGGCACCCGGGCUAUCCGACGUACCGGCCCGCUGAGUAUGCGGGACUUCUUCGCGCGUAG